AUGGCUCAAUUCACUCCCCGUGAAAUCCAUUUAGCUACCGAGAGAAGUCUGAAAUAUCAGGGAACGGCAAAGAUUAGGCUGGAUAAAAUAUAUUUCGAUGCUCGAUAUGCGCGGCAACUGGAUAGACAAAACGUGGAACGUCUUCGCAGGAUCUUUGGAGAGGAAGGGUGUCAAAAUCUGGCUUUACAGCAUCGAAUUCCGGCUAUCGUUUCCUCUAACCAUCUAAAGUCCGCCUUACAAGAAGCCAAUGUCAAUGCCUCAGCAUUGUUGGCCAAGUCAGAAGCGAACAUUCCCUGUUUGGACUUCCAGUCUGGCCAAGUCCAAGGGCUUCACGGGUUCCAUCGUGUUACAGCUGGCCUGGAAUGUUUGCAGCACCCUCAUCGCUUUUGGGCCGUUGAUCUCUAUUUGUCUGACAUCGGCGAUGACCUCAAAAGAACUCUUGUUGAUGAAUAUUCUAAUGAAAAGAAACCUAGUGAAGGGGAAAUCAUGUGGAAGAUGAGACAGUACGAUUUCCAUGGCGACCUUCAUGGGGAGCUUCGGUGGAAAGCGCGUCUUUCUGAGAAUAGUAAAAGGCGUCUGGCUCAGCUAAAUAAAGUACCAGAAGUACGAAAAGCCUUUUUCGAUGUUCUGAGUAUACCCGGUCAGCGGGACUUUAUGAGCCUGAGCAAACUCAAUGAUGUUUUAGGGAAAAAGUGUCGUCAGGAAGUGGUAAAUUAUUUGGGGUAUAUAAAAAAUUCCUGGUACUCUUGGGUAAAUGGUGAGAUAUCAUCAAUAACCAGGAUUGACCGAAAGACGGUGGAAGAAUUGCAACAAAUGGCGCCAUGCAUUGAAAUCUCAGACAUCCAGGGAUUAUUAUUCAGUGGCCAGGUGUUCAGUCAGUUUAACGAAGACGAGAGGUCCCAAAUUUGGGAAAGGUUGAAAACCUUCAAAGGUCUCAUUCCAUCUCUUCAUGGAUUUUUUGAAGAUUUCAAGCCCUUUGCCAACUGGGCUGAUUGUUUGUUUCGACUUUUCACACCUUUAGGCGAAAGGAGAUUUACGGUUCGUGAGGAAAUGGCUAAAAUGCUAACAGCUUUGAACAGCAAUGAUAUUCCAUGCAUCGUCCAAACAUCCGAACACACGUAUCGCAGGAUGCGCAACCCUUCGGAUUGUUUUGAGAUCGCCUAUCGACAAUUGUGGCUGUAUGCAAUGCGAUACUCCCCUCAGAUGCCACCUGAACCAAAACGAAAAAAUCAUAAAGCAAAGGCGCGGAGUGCCCCUGCGGAUGAGGUUGUUGUUUCAGAGAUGGCCAGUCUUGCCAGUCGUCUUGGUUUUCGAUCCCCUCAGAUCGAGACACUUUUAAAAGAUUCCCCGGAUCGGCUGAUUGCCAAACGUGCUCUACUGAAGGCUCGCAAACCCGAAUCAUUUUACUACGAUGACAGUGAUCUUGAUUUAUCCAUUGAUCAAAUUAUUGGUUGUUUUGCUAAGGCAAAGCCAUCAAAGAGCACAGAAAGACGGUCUGCCUUCAUGGAGCUUGCGAAGGAUAAGAAAACUCGCUGUGGAUAUUCCGAUGAGCGAGCUUUGCAGCAUGAUCGUCCGUAUCUAUUUCUUGACUACAUGCAUGCCACCGAUACUCCAGACACGGUAACCACGCUUUUUGUGAGGCGUUGUAUGUAUCUGGCAUUUUUUGGACCACUUCCAGAUUUCGACAUGGAAGUGAACAACUCACCUACGUCUGGCUUGGCUAAAGCCUCAUCGUCUGCCCUACAACCAGGAGAUAGAACAGAAGUACGCAAAGAGCAGACCGAAAACUACCCAAUAGAACCUUCGGACUGUGCCAGAGAAUCAACCAAACCUUCGUUGCAACGACAAGAACAGAACGAUGGCGAAAGUGAAAUAGGUAGCACGGGUACAUUUAACGAACCAGUCGCGGCUUUGAAUGCCGAGACAUUUGGACGAGGACAAAACAGCCCAGAAUUCAGUCCGCAUCGGCGAGAAAAUACCGAGGAAGGAGGACAGGCCUUUCAAGACGAUGUGAACGCAACGGCCUUGGAGUCUUUCUUCCGCGACGUGCUCGAUGCAGAAGCCAGACAACGAGAGUUAGGGGACUCUACGGGACGAGAUCAAACUCCGAGACCUUCGCAGAUAUUACGGGAUCGGGAGAAAGCUUUGGCAAAUUUAACUGACGCUCCGCCAACUACCGCAUCUGAAAUAGCGUCCUUGGAACUUGACUUACCAGCUUUAAUGGAACAAUUUCGCUCCACUUCAAGCCAGAGUGAUAGCAAUAACUGUGAAGCGGAAACAGCCGUUGGAUUAGGAGAAAAUUUUGCAGAUCAGCAGAAGUUCCAGCCAAACGAUUCCGUGGGCUCUCCUACCAAAGGAAAAGAGACAAGAGCAAUCUCUCGUGCGGACUUCCCACCAGUUGCCAGGCAACCCGAUGUGCAGAAUGGGCUGACCCCCAUAACUUUCUGGGUCCACAGUCAGAGCGACUGGUGUGUAGAUCGAACGGUGCUCGUGAAGGAGUCCAAUUGGCAGUCAUUACAGAAUGCGAUCCGGGAUUAUAAGGAACGA